GCGCGCGCGCGCGGCUCCGCCCCGCCCGCUUGGCGCGCGCCCCCGCCAGGUCCGCUCUCUUCCCCCACCCCUGGCGCGGACGGGGUGGUUCCAGCUCACUCUCCUCCCCCGAGCGGCGGCAGCGGCGGCGGCGGCUGCUGCGGGCGCUGAAUGAGAGACGGUGACUGUUCGGGUCGGCGAGCGUUACUCUAGGCGGCGGCCGUGGCGGCGAAGCGUGAGGCAGGCGUCGUCUUUCCAUCCUCUGAGGCGACGGUCGCGGCUGCACAGGAAUAAUGUAUUUGUGGCCUUGGACAUGAGGCAAUCAGUCCUCUGUUGCUGUUAACAUAAGGUCAGGGACUGAUGAGGAAAGCAUGGACCUAAUGAACGGGCAGGCAAGCAAUGUCAAUAUUGCAGCUACUGCUUCUGAGAAAAGUAGCAGCUCUGAAUCCUUAAGUGACAAAGGUUCUGAGUUGAAGAAAAGCUUUGAUGCUGUGGUAUUCGAUGUUCUUAAGGUUACACCAGAAGAAUAUGCGGGUCAGAUAACAUUAAUGGAUGUUCCAGUAUUUAAAGCUAUUCAACCAGAUGAGCUUUCAAGUUGUGGAUGGAAUAAAAAAGAAAAAUACAGUUCUGCACCAAAUGCAGUUGCCUUCACAAGAAGAUUCAAUCAUGUAAGCUUUUGGGUUGUUAGAGAGAUUCUUCAUGCUCAAACAUUAAAAAUUAGAGCAGAAGUUUUGAGCCACUAUAUUAAAACUGCUAAGAAACUGUAUGAGCUGAAUAACCUUCAUGCACUUAUGGCAGUGGUUUCUGGCUUACAGAGUGCCCCAAUUUUCAGGUUGACUAAAACAUGGGCGUUAUUAAGUCGAAAAGACAAAACUACCUUUGAAAAAUUAGAAUAUGUAAUGAGUAAAGAAGAUAACUACAAAAGACUCAGAGACUAUAUAAGUAGCUUAAAGAUGACACCUUGCAUUCCCUAUUUAGGUAUCUAUUUGUCAGAUUUAACAUAUAUCGAUUCAGCAUACCCAUCAACUGGCAGCAUUCUAGAAAAUGAGCAGAGAUCAAAUUUAAUGAAUAAUAUCCUUCGAAUAAUUUCUGACUUACAACAGUCUUGUGAAUAUGAUAUUCCCAUGUUGCCUCAUGUCCAAAAAUAUCUGAACUCCGUUCAGUAUAUAGAAGAACUACAAAAAUUUGUGGAAGACGAUAAUUACAAGCUUUCAUUAAAGAUAGAACCAGGGACGAGCACCCCACGUUCUGCUGCUUCCAGAGAAGAUUUAGUAGGUCCUGAAGUAGGAGCAUCUCCACAGAGUGGACGAAAAAGUGUGGCAGCUGAAGGAGCCUUGCUCCCACAGACACCACCAUCCCCUCGGAAUCUGAUUCCACAUGGACAUAGGAAGUGCCAUAGCUUGGGUUAUAAUUUCAUUCAUAAAAUGAACACAGCAGAAUUUAAGAGUGCAACGUUUCCAAAUGCAGGGCCAAGACAUCUGUUAGAUGAUAGCGUCAUGGAGCCCCAUGCACCAUCUCGAGGCCAAGCUGAAAGUUCUACUCUUUCUAGUGGAAUAUCAAUAGGUAGCAGUGAUGGUUCUGAACUAAGUGAAGAGACCUCAUGGCCUGCUUUUGAAAGGAACAGAUUAUACCAUUCUCUCGGCCCGGUGACAAGAGUGGCACGAAAUGGCUAUCGAAGUCACAUGAAGGCCAGCAGUUCUGCAGAAUCAGAAGAUUUGGCAGUACAUUUAUAUCCAGGAGCUGUUACUAUUCAAGGUGUUCUCAGGAGAAAAACUUUGUUAAAAGAAGGCAAAAAGCCUACAGUAGCAUCUUGGACAAAAUAUUGGGCAGCUUUGUGUGGGACACAGCUUUUUUACUAUGCUGCCAAAUCUCUAAAGGCUACAGAACGAAAACAUUUCAAAUCAACAUCCAAUAAGAACGUAUCUGUGGUAGGAUGGAUGGUGAUGAUGGCUGAUGACCCUGAACAUCCUGAUCUCUUCCUGCUGACUGACUCUGAGAAAGGAAAUUCGUACAAGUUUCAAGCUGGCAAUAGAAUGAAUGCAAUGCUAUGGUUUAAGCAUUUGAGUGCAGCCUGCCAAAGUAACAAACAACAGGUUCCUACAAACUUGAUGACUUUUGAGUAGAAGCCUGAGAAAAAAAAAGAGAGGUGAACUAUUGCUUCUAUGUGAGCAUGGGGACCUGAUAAAAGAGCGCCAGCUAUAAACCAUCCUGUGCCAGGAAGAGCCCAGCGGCUCUGUCUCAGUCUUUGGAAUUCUGAACCAAAAAAGCACUAAUUUCAGGGAAUGAAUUGAGAUAUUCCCAGAGAACAAAUUGGAGUUGCAGAACAAACUGCCAUGAACCAUGCUUCUUAUCUCAGAACUGACCUGUGGAAACCACUGCCUUAAAAGAAUGAAAGGAAAACCAACAUGAAACACCAAAUAGUGUGUGUGAAUCUUCUGGCGGUGCUGUGCUUGGAAUAGAUCGUAGCUAAUUUGCAUUUCUUUUAACUUUGUAAUAAUUUUAGAGGGGGGAAUUGCCUUUUUUAGAUAUGCUUUAAAAAGGAAAAACAUAUUCUUGCGGAUUCCAUCAGGAGCUCGUUUUGAACCGAGGUGAAGAGACUUAGCAGGGAUUGUACCAGCAGCCCACCUGCAAGGUUUGUUCUCCCUCUAGUAGUCUGCAGCCUCACUGGCUUUCUCACAGCGAGAGUGUAGGAAUGAGAAGUGUUAGUCAUGUGAGUUGUUGGGUUUGUUUGGGAUUGGGUGGGGGUGUUUGUUUUGUUUUGGAUGAGGGGAGAAUUUUUUAAACACUAAACUUCUGAAAUGUAGUACUGUAAGGGGAACAUUAUUUCCUGCAGGAGGUACAAAGGCUGAGUGUUCAUUUGCCAGACACUUUUUUUUUAAGUAGGUUUCAGAAAACAUGGUUGUUUCUAACUAGGGUUAAAGUUUAGCUUUCUAUAUGAAUUCAUUGUUGGACCACAGAUCUGCUUAAGUAAAGAACUAUAAUCCCAACCUAAACUUUUCUGAGAUUUUACAAUAAUUAGAUCUUUUCCCAAGUUAAUUGGAUUUUCCCUUCUCCCAGUCACAGGUGGUUUUUAUCAUCAAGACAUUGAUAUUUUGUCAGGAUAUUUUCUUUACAGUGUUUAAUGUGCAUAAUGCCAGAGUUAUUUUUUUAUUAUUCAUUUUCUCUCUUUUUGUUCAAUAUGAGAUUCAGGAGCUAAAAGGUAACACAUAUAGAUGUACGUAUGUAUUUUGUUAUAAGACAUACAGAAUAAUUUUAAGAGGGAUAAAGGUGAAAAUGUCAGAUUCUGGAAAUUUUGAGUAUCUAAACUUUAUACUUCUUGUGUGAUUUACCAUAAACAUACCAAAACAUUUUUCUGAAAAUUUACUGUAGGUCUCUGACUUGAAACCACAUUUUGUCAGUAGUUGACCAAGCAGUUUUAUGAGAACUCUUCUAUGCAAUAGUGCAUUUAAUUUCUAAAGUAAAUGUUGAAUUAUUAAAAAAAAAGUUUGAAGGU